UAAAGUGUUUUUGGUGUUAUUCUUUCGUCAGUUUAAAGCAACAUAUACUAAUAUUAAACUUAAUAAAUGCUACUUUUAGGAGUAAGAUGUUUAUACAAGUUGAUUGUGAGAAAAUAAAAGCAGCCAAGCCGCUGUCAAUAGUCCGUUACUUAUAACACCACUCAGCUUUUUCUAGGCUGCUUGCUUUUAGUCUUCUUUCACCUUUAGCUCCCUCCUUGUCCGGGAUGGAACCCAGUCACUGCUCUUCUCCGCCAUUGCUUCUCCUCUUUCUGGUGUUUUUUACCCCAACUAUGGUAUCUUCUCUCGGCAUAAACUACGGUCAAAUCGCCAAUAAUCUUCCCUUACCGGAAAACGUCGUACCCUUGGUCAAAUCCAUCGGAGCUACCAGAAUCAAGCUCUACGAUGCUGACCCACAUGUCCUCAAAGCCUUUGCUAACACUGGCGUUGAGUUCAUCGUCAGUCUUGGCAAUGAGUACCUAGCCAAGAUGAAAGAUCCUUCUAAAGCUCAAUCAUGGGUUAAAUCCAACGUCCAAGCUUACUUACCAGCUACCAAAAUCACCUGCAUCGCCGUCGGUAAUGAAGUUCUCACCUUUAACGAUACCACCCUCACCGACAACCUCCUCCCUGCAAUGCAAAGUGUCCACACUGCUCUUGUUAAUCUCAAGUUGGACAAGCAAGUCACUGUCACCACCGCACAUUCUCUUGCUAUUCUACAAACUUCCUAUCCGCCUUCCGCUGGAGCUUUCCGUCGGGAUCUUGUCAACUGUGUUACCCAGAUCGUGAAUUUCCAUUGCAAAACUGGCUCACCUUUUCUGAUUAAUGCUUAUCCUUACUUUGCUUACAAGGGAAAUCCGAAGCAGGUCUCCCUUGAUUUCGUGCUAUUUCAGCCUAACUCUGGUAUCGUUGAUCCAGAGUCCAAUCUCCACUACGACAACAUGCUUUUCGCUCAGAUCGAUGCUGUUCACUCUGCUUUAUCUUCCAUUGGGUACAAAAACGUCUGCGUACAGAUCUCGGAGACUGGAUGGCCGUCGAAGGGAGACGGCGACGAAGCCGGAGCUACACCGGAGAAUGCUAGGAAAUACAACUGUAAUCUCAUGAAGCUUAUUGGUCAGAAGAAGGGUACGCCCAUGAGGCCUAACUCGGAUUUGAACAUAUACGUCUUUGCCUUGUUCAAUGAGAACCUCAAGCCUGGUCCUAGCUCGGAGCGAAACUAUGGCCUUUUCAAGCCCGACGGAUCUCAGGCUUACCCCUUAGGAGUCCCGGCAAUCAACGCCGUGAGUACUAAUAGCAGCUCCGGUGGGUCUGGAUCUACGCCAUCAGCGUCAUUGCCGCCAGCAAGCUCCUCCUCCGGUUAUCUAGCCAUUACUUCUGAUUCGGGGACAAAUCUUUCUCGCUGCGAGUCCCUGCUUCUCUACCUUGUCCCUUUUAUUUCACUGGCACUCCGCUUGAGCUUUCGAAUAUGAAAGAAAGGUGACAACUACUGGUACAACUUUGUAAUAGCUAGGGAGAAGACUCACUGGUGUUUGUAUUCUUUGAUUAUUUUUGACACUAGAUUCGGUUUAUGGCAUCUAAUAGCUGACAUUGAUUUUUUUUAUGGAACUGGUUUGUUCGAGUU